ACUCUAGUCUCCUAUUUUAUCGUGGGCUAGCCUACAUGGCCUGAAGUGUCAACAUGGCAAGAAUGGCCGGUGUACAAGUGUUAGUGCUCCUCCUAGCAGCUAUCUCGUGUGUGGAUGCGUUCAUUGAAGGACUCUACUGUGGCAGGGAAAACUGCUAUGAAAUUCUUGGCGUCACAAGGGAUUCAACCAAGAAUGACAUCGUCAAGGCAUAUCGCAAGAUGGCCCGGAAAUGGCAUCCUGAUAUGCACAGGGGGAAGGAGGCGAAGGAAAAAGCUGCAGAAAUGUUUCAGACGAUAGCCAAUGCUUAUGAGAUUCUGCGAGAUGAAGAACAGAGAGUGGACUAUGAUUACAUGUUGGACAACCCAGAUGAGUACUACUCUAUCUACUUCAACUACUACCGGAGGAGGAUGGCUCCCAAGGUGGAUAUCCGCAUUGUCAUUGGGGUCACCAUCACUGUUGUAUCUGUCAUACAGUACUGGGGAGCCUGGAACAACUACACUACUGCUAUCAACUACCUGUGCAGGGAACCCAAGUACCGGACCAAGGCCAUUGACAUUGCUAAAUCUGAGGGCACACUGAGUGCCAACAACAACAGGAGAAAGAAAGGGAAGAGUAAGGAGGAGUUAAAGGAGGAAGAGGAAGCCAUUAUCAGACAGAUUAUAGAAGAAAAAAUGGAUAUACGAGGGGGAUACAGUCGGCCCAGCUACCGAGACAUCCUAUGGAUACAGCUGGUGUUCCUCCCCUACUACACAGUGACCUACUUCAUCUGGUGGAUCACCUGGAUCUGGAAGUUCACAAUACUGAGGCACGAGUACGGGGAGGAGGAAAAGUUCUACAAGAUACGAAGAUACAUGAAGCUGAGCCAGUCACAGUGGGAUGCUUUGGAGGACUAUGACAAAGAAAAUUUCUUGGAUUUAGAGUUAUGGAAAUGGGAAAAUUUUGAGGUGUGGAGGGAAGAUCAGGAAAAUGAGAGGAAGUCGAAGCUGGCAGAGAGUGCCCGCUACAAGAGUUAUAGGCGCUAUAUGAAGAAGGGAGGAGCAGGCCAGAUUUCAUUCGGGCCAGAGUAGUCAGCAGGUGCUUCACACGCCACCACCACCAUCAUCAUCAUCAUCAUCAUCACAUGUCAGAACUAUUUUGCCAAAUCAGAACUUGUGUGAGAAUGUACACAGAAGUGUAUGGAGGAGACGAAGCAGACAUCACCUGCCGUCCAUCUUCCAGCCCACAGCUGAUGUCAAACACAUUUUAUUUUUAAGGAUAAUUAGAAACAGUUAUAAUAGUUAUAUAUAAACAGUUAUAAUUCUUGUGUGUAGCAGAUAACGGAUCUAGAUACCAAACUGAGAUUACUCAGCCAAGUUUCUAAGAAACAUUUGUAGAUCAGACAGAUUUUUUUUAGAGACAAAUACAUUUAUUUAUGUUUGAUCUCAGGAAAUAGGAGAUGGAUACACAGGUUCAGCAGUGUUAUGUUGUCUUACUUGACGUGAAUGUAAAUGCAACUAACUAUUCAGCUAUCUGAUUGAGGUGUAUCUUCGGCAGUAGUCAGCAUGCAUGUUUCUGCUCCAUCCUCUCCAGAAAGGGACUCUCAGUGACAAUUUACUGAUAAUAGUGAUAACACAUUGUAAUUCCCAUCUUCAGAAUCUGGUCGUUAAGCCUCGGUUGUCGAUGAGGCAACACAUGGUGUCCCAGUGAUGUCCAUGAGGUGCAAUAUGUGUUCAGCACACCUUCCCCAGUGUUCCUGUUCCUCUGCUGAGACUAGUGUAUUGCACACUUCAUUUCACUGUGUGCACACUGUUUAUAUAUUUCAAACCUUCAAGAUGAGUUUUUGUAAACACAAAAUUAUUUAAUUUUAAGUGCAUGCCUCACUUACCUGGACUCAAAAACUACUUAGCCAUUUCUUGGAGAAUGCUUUGAUGUGAUAGGCCAAUGGAGGUUCAUGGAGCUUCAUGUUUCUCUGAUUUUAAAUAAACAACAGACAUGCUUCAGUUGAGGCAAAUGUCCAGGACACCCCAGAGUUUGACAUCAGCACACUUCGUCCCUGAAUGAUGUCACAGGAAUUAUUUCACAGUUAUAAUGUGAAGGCCCACUGUUUGUGGAAGGUUGCACAAGAUAGUGUGUAUGACUAAAUUAAUUUUGGAACAUUAUUUUACUGUAUUUGAUCUAAUAUACUGGAAAUCUUCGUGAUGAGAGACAGAGACAGUUUUGUGUGUAAAUCACUGCGCUCACUGUAGUUGCCAGAUUUAAUUUUGCCAUUUUGAUGUCAAUUGAACGCAUCCUUAAAAAGAUGUUUUGAACCAAGCAAUCAUGUUUUGGAAAUUUGGGGUUGGGGAUUGUCAUAUUAUAUUUUAAAAUUUGAAAACAGUCAUGUCAGUCAGUCAGUCAUGAUCAGUUUUUGUGAAUACAUAUAAUUAUUUGUCCUUUGAUAUGCUUGGCUUGAAGUUUGUAGGGGUCUUUGGCCUGUUAUUUUGUUAUUGUUAUCAAUCAGUUAUUUAUAAACUACUCCUCAAGACUGCUUACAUACUGCUGUUUUUCUUUUAGUGUAGGGUCUAACUCACAGUCAGUGUAUAGAUUAGUAUGAUCAUGUCACCAGCUGUUUAGCUUUCAGUACAGAACCCGGCCCACAGACCUGUUCUAGCCUAAACCUGACUAUACCCUCACACAGACAAUGGAAUGUAGGAAUAUAUCCUGUACAAUUCUGUCAUGCAUGAGAAUCUCCGGUCCAACAUUCACAUAGCUAUAGUUUUGUAACAUGUGUGAAUGGAUUAAACAGGACAGUGUUCACUAUAUAUUUUCUAUUUCUCCUCCACUCUUCUUGGUUGCAUGGAAACAGCAAAUGAAACUUGAGUUUUGUGGAUCUGAAACAGGACUAAGUGGUUUGAGAGGGUUUUUUUCUCAGAAUUUCAAAAUUCUUUUAUUUGUGGCUAACAGAUAGUCCUCCUCCUUCCCCCUUGUGUUUGUAUGUGCUUGCCCAGCAUCCUCCUCCAAGACUAGCUGCUGCAGCACCAGCUGGGUGUCAGUAAGGUAUUGAUUGCACCACUCUCAAUUCAACAUUUGUAAAUGAUAACAUAUGAACAUGUAUUGAUCCUGUCUGCUUUGUGAGGAAAUUGAGGAAAUUUGAGGUGAAUUGUUGAACAGGUGUCGGGUCAAUCAAGGGUGGUCAGUUCACCAAGACUAAACUCAGUUGUUCAUAUUUUCAUGAGCAUGAGAUGACUAGCCACAUUGAAGAUUGCCAGUGAUCCUUGAGUCUAAUAUUUUCUAACGUUUCGGCUAGGUUGUUCCCUUGUUUGGGUGGUCUGCUUUGUGAGGAAAUUGAGGAAAUUUGAGUUGAAUUGUUGAACAAGUGUCGGGUCAAUCAAGGGUGGUCAGUUCACCAAGACUAAACUCAGUUGUUCAUAUUUUCAUGAGCAUGAGAUGACUAGCCACAUUGAAGAUUGCCAGUGAUCCUUGAGUCUAAUAUUUUCUAACGUUUCGGCGAGGUUGUUCCCUUGUUGGGGUGGUCUGCUUUGUGAGGAAAUUGAGGAAAUUUGAGGUGAAUUGUUGAACAAGUGUCGGGUCAAUCAAGGGUGGUCAGUUCACCAAGACUAAACUCAGUUGUUCAUAUUUUCAUGAGCAUGAGAUGACUAGCCACAUUGAAGAUUGCCAGUGAUCCUUGAGUCUAAUAUUUUCUAACGUUUCGGCUAGGUUGUUCCCUUGUUGGGGUGGUCUAUGUACUUGAGGAUAAUGAAGACGUGAGUUGACAUGGAUUUCAGUACAGAUGCUAGUACCUUAAGGUACUUGACAAAGUUAUCAGCAUCAGUGCCACAUCGCGUUGAAAGAGUAAUGAAGUAGAAAUCCAUAUGUACAACAGCUUCUGAUGUGUACUUAUUGACAGUUAAUGAAGGACUAUCUACAACCAUGCUCCACUAAGUUGUAGGGGGAUCUACAGAUUAACUACAAACACAAGUUGUAUAGACAGGAAAUAGCAAAGGUAGCAUCAUCCCAUAAAAGUUUGUAGAAAAAGCAUUCAUGUAUUCAUGACCCACUACAAAUAUGCUUUAGAAAACAGUACAUUUGAACAGUGUAAUUUGAAACCAAAAGCUAGUUAUGCUUUCAGCACCAGGUAGAUAUAAAUUUGAAUUUUGGGCCAAUGAAGAGGUUGGAGAUAAAGAGUCAGUGGUACACAUGCUCCUGUUCCCUGAGUGGACAGCACAGGCAGUACACACAGCAGUUGCUCCAUCGGAGAUGCUGCCAAGGCUUCCACAUUGCCACUGCUGUUGUUGUACAGAGAAACGUUUCACAAAAAACUGCGUCAUGUGUUUAAGACACUACAUAAGGAUACCACAUUGAGAUAGGAUUAACAAGAAACAUUCGGUGCAUUCAAAUAAGUACUUAGAACCGUUAGAAUGUUUAUAAGCAAUAUUUGAGGAACCUUGAAAUGUUAUUUUACUUCAUCUCUGCAUAAUAGGAAGGAAUUGCUUACAAAGUAUAACAUUGGUUCUCAGGUGGUAUUCCUGAAACAAAGGUAAUUGCCCAAGAACCGUGUGCUUUUUUCUCUUUGUCAACCUAUUUAUGAUUAUACAUUCUCUUCAAUUGAGUUUGUGGGUUUAAGUUAUUUUUAAUUAUAUUUUUUUAAAUCUAAACACUGUUUUGCAAACAGUUUCUCAAAAGAAUUUUGAAAUAUUAAUAAAAAGACAAAAGAAACAAUGAAUUGGUAUUUUGACCAUGAUCGUGAUGCAUGUUAGGGGUCAUAUUUGGUUCCACUAAUCAGGGCAUUUUUGUUUGAGACAACUGAAAAUUUAACACAUCUGCUUCAACUGAUCAGAGAUCAGAUAAAGAUAACAAUUGAAGGAAUUUGAGUUGAACGAUUCUGAUUAAUAGUUUUAUAUCUUGCUUGUGCACUUGUUAACUUGUGCACUUCACUAACCAGAGGAAUAACCUUUGUCUAAAUAUUGACUGUAUAGAUCACGGAGGUGGGUGAGUCAAGAAUAUAUUAUAAUGCUCUUGUAGAUGUAUGAAAGUGAGGUAUUUGAGAGGUGAGGGGUUGUUCAUGGAUGCAUGUUUGCUUCACAUUUGAUCAUCAUGUGUUCAGCAUACAUGACUGUUGUUUUUGUUGGGUAAGAUUUCUUUUUCAUGUUGUAUUAUUCAACACCAUUACAGAAAUAAAAUGUUUUAUCCAUA